AUGCCACCCACCAAACAAGAACUCAGUCUUCUGAUCAACCCACUGGUCCCAGAGUCCCUCCAACACAACAACAGGACCCUAACAACCCUCCACUCCCUAACCUCCUUCCUCCUAGGCCUAACAGCCGGGAUCCUCUCGCUCCAAUCCAUAACAGGCUUCGCCUUCUACGCGCUGGGCACGGUGCUCGUGUCCGGGCUGUUCCACGCGCUGCUGCUGUACCGGUCUGGGGGACGGGGCGCCGGGUGGUAUUUUGCGGGUGCGCAGGGCGAGAUACGCGGGUUGGAUGGGAAGAGCGGCGUUGUUCGCGGCGAUGCGGAUGGGACGCCGGUGGAGAUCUUGAGGCGUGGGGCCUGGCGUGAUGUGUGGCUUGGGGGCGGGGUGCUUGGGGAGGCUUUAUCAGGUUUUGUGUUGGGGUGGGCGGGGGUU